AGCCCAAACUUUCAACGAGGGUUGUCUGACGCAAUUUCUCAAUCUCUGAGUCUCCAUCUCAUCUUCUCUGUACUUCUAACAGUCUUACGGGUUUAACCUUUCUCCUUUUCUCUAUCUCUUUGUCAAACAUUGCUGAAUCCUAUUUUUGUUUUUUAUUUUCCAUUUUUUCCUCCAUUUUUUGUUAUGUUUUUGUCUUGGAAGUGAAUUUUCACACCACAAGUCAGGAUUUCAUCGUCGGAAGGAAGAAAGGCAGGAGCUUUUUCUGGAUUUUGUGUUCAAAGACUAAGAUGAGUCUGGCUUGUCUUGUAUGCCAUGGUGUAGAAAGUCCAUCACAAUCGUUUAGAAGUUAUUCUGUUUCAAGUUCAGACAAUGACGGAAGGUGUGCUGCAAUUACCAGUUACAUUACAAGAAAGACGAUUCUAUCACACACAAGAACAAAUCAUAGUGUUACAUCAUCCAAGGUGACUCCUCAACCAACUGUACCCAGUAAUGUAGUUACAGGCCCCCCACGUUUGGUCCGAAGCCAUGCUGUUAGAAGGGAUCUGGUGAGAGACUGGAACUUUGAUGAGGUAAUAUUGGAGCAUUAGUGAAGACCAUAGUAGCAGAAAGAACCAAAGACAAACCUAUGGUGUUCUUAUAGUUCAUUAAACUAUCCUUUUUCGUCUUUCUAGCAUUUUUGGGUACUUUGAACAUUUCUUUCAAUUUACAUUUGGGCACUUUGGUCAUGGGAUCCUACAACGAAUUUGUUAAAAAUGAUAAAUCUGUAUUUGGUGUAAUGCUGUCCAUUUCUCUUGGUAACUGGGAUAGGGCUCACAAGAAAUGGUCUUUCUUGGCCAUAUCCCAAGUCCAGGAAAUUGAAUGACGUCGUAUGGCUCUGUAAAUUUCGUUAAGACUUGAUAGGAACGCAGGGAUUGCACUUUGUUAAAUGUUCUCUGAUGCCUCAUGUAUGCUGUUAUUCUUCAAUGGUGAUAGUAAAUUAUUGCAAA